CCGCCGGGCGCGCCCCUCCCUGGGCCGGGCUCCGGCUCGGGCUCCGCCUGCGGCCAGCGCUCCUCGGCGGCACACAAGCGCUACCGCCGCCUGCAGAACUGGGUCUACAACGUGCUGGAGCGGCCCCGUGGCUGGGCCUUCGUCUACCACGUCUUCAUAUUCCUGCUGGUCUUCAGCUGCCUGGUGCUGUCUGUGCUGUCCACUAUCCAGGAGCACCAGGAAAUUGCCAAUGAGUGUCUCCUCAUCUUGGAAUUCGUGAUGAUCGUGGUGUUUGGCCUGGAGUACAUCAUCCGCGUCUGGUCCGCUGGAUGCUGCUGUCGCUACCGAGGAUGGCAGGGCCGCUUCCGCUUUGCCAGAAAACCCUUCUGUGUCAUCGACUUCAUCGUGUUCGUGGCCUCGGUGGCGGUCAUCGCCGCGGGCACACAGGGCAACAUCUUUGCCACGUCUGCGUUGCGCAGCAUGCGCUUCCUGCAGAUCCUGCGCAUGGUGCGCAUGGACCGCCGCGGCGGCACCUGGAAGCUGCUGGGCUCGGUGGUCUACGCGCACAGCAAGGAGCUGAUCACCGCCUGGUACAUCGGGUUCCUGGUGCUGAUCUUUGCCUCCUUCCUGGUCUAUCUGGCCGAGAAGGACGCCAACUCUGACUUCUCCUCCUACGCCGACUCGCUCUGGUGGGGGACGAUUACACUGACGACCAUCGGCUAUGGUGACAAGACGCCGCACACCUGGCUGGGCAGGGUCCUGGCUGCUGGCUUCGCCUUACUGGGCAUCUCCUUCUUUGCCCUGCCUGCCGGCAUCCUAGGCUCUGGCUUUGCCCUGAAGGUCCAGGAGCAGCACCGGCAGAAGCACUUUGAGAAGCGGAGGAUGCCAGCGGCCAACCUCAUACAGGCUGCAUGGCGCCUAUACUCCACCGAUACAAGCCGAGCCUACCUGACAGCCACCUGGUACUACUAUGACAGUAUUCUCCCAUCCUUCAGAGAACUGGCCCUCUUGUUUGAGCAUGUGCAACGGGCCCGCAACGGGGGCCUACGGCCCCUGGAGGUGCGGCGGGCGCCGGUCCCUGAUGGAGCGCCCUCCCGUUACCCGCCCGUUGCCACCUGCCACCGGCCAGGCAGCGCCUCCUUCUGCCCUGGGGAAAGCAGCCGGAUGGGCAUCAAAGACCGCAUCCGCAUGGGCAGCUCCCAGCGGCGGACAGGUCCUUCCAAGCAGCACCUGGCACCUCCGCCCAUGCCCACCUCCCCAAGCAGCGAGCAGCUGGGGGAGGCCACCAGUCCCACCAAGGUACAGAAGAGCUGGAGCUUCAAUGACCGUACCCGCUUCCGGGCCUCUUUGAGACUCAAACCCCGCACCUCUGCUGAGGAGGGCCCCUCAGAGGAAGUGGCAGAGGAGAAGAGCUACCAAUGUGAGCUCACAGUGGACGAUGUCAUGCCUGCUGUGAAGACGGUCAUCCGCUCCGUCAGGAUUCUGAAGUUCCUGGUGGCCAAAAGGAAAUUCAAGGAGACGCUGCGACCUUACGACGUGAAGGACGUCAUCGAGCAGUACUCGGCAGGGCACCUGGACAUGCUGGGACGGAUCAAGAGCCUACAGACUCGGGUGGACCAGAUUGUAGGUCGGGGGCCCGGGGACCGGAAGGCUCGGGAGAAGGGCGACAAGGGGCCCUCCGACACGGAGGCCGUGGAUGAAAUCAGUAUGAUGGGACGCGUGGUCAAGGUGGAGAAGCAGGUGCAGUCCAUCGAACACAAGCUGGACCUGCUGUUGGGCUUCUAUUCGCGCUGCCUGCGCGCCGGCGCCUCGGCCAGCCUGGGCACCGUGCCGGUGCCGCUCUUCGACCCCGACAUCACCUCCGACUACCACAGCCCUGUGGACCACGAGGACAUCUCCGUCUCCGCACAGACGCUCAGCAUCUCCCGCUCGGUCAGCACCAACAUGGACUGAGGGGCAUCUCAGGGGCGGCGGCGGCACACGGCCAGCCCCUCGGCCUGGGGCUCGGACCCGCCCUCUGAGGCCUCGGGAGUCCUCUCUUACUUGAACUCGCUCCCUCGCGGGGAGAGAGGCCACACGCAGUAUUAAGCUGCCUGGGUGGGCGAGAUACCCGCUGCGGGUGCCAGCGCCCGACCCCAUCUCAGGAGCGCGAGAUGCCAGGCCGCACCAAGGGCAGCAGCAGCGGCUGCCCCGCGGCCUCUGGGCUCCCCAGUGCCCUGCCCCCUCCAUCAAGGCCCGACCUAACCCGCCUGGCAGGGGCACUGCCCCAGGAGUGGGAGCCGGGCGCUGGGGCCCUGGGCCCUGACCCAGCUUCCAGCUAUGCAAGGUGAGGUCUCUGGCCCGCCCUUCGGACAGAGCAGGGAAGCCCUCCCGCCAAGUCCCCGCCCCACUUGGGGGUGGGUCCAAGGUGCCCCACAGGUACCCACAAAGCACAGGACCCUGCCACAAGGCAGGUGGGCACCAUAUAUGCAAACUAUGUUAAAUAUGCAACUUUGGGGACCCCCAUGGGGUCCCUCUGUCCCUCUCCCCUUGGGAGAUGGGCCCCCAGCAGUAGCUGGUCUCAGGCUGCUUGGCCAUGACCCCACCCCAUUCUUUGGCUUAUCACUCUGCCCUCACCCAGCAUGGGGCCUUUUUCUCCCCUGCCCUCUCCCAAGGGCACUGCCUGGGCCUUUCUUCCCAUUUACAGGUGUCACCUCCCAGGGAUUCCCUCUUCCUGCUGGAUGUCUGCUCCACUCUUUGGCCCUCCAGACACCUUUGACAGUCUUCACAAUUUCUGUAUUCUCCCCAUACCUCCCAGACAGUGCUCCACGGUCACACAAAUGUGACUCUUUAGUUCCUCCAGACAUGCGGAAAGCCUCACAUUCACACUGAUACACACAAUCACAUGCACCUGGAGACAUGAGCACCUAGAGCCACUCAGCCUUUCCUGGGCCUCUGCAGUUGAUGCCAGUGGACUGGCCUUGCAGGGUGAUGUCCACUAAGAGGAAGCCCCCACUCUGGGCAGAAGAGGGAACUUUGAAGUGACCUCAGGUCUCUCCAGGCCCCCAUUCAGAGCUUUUUCAGUUCCCUUUAAGAAGAUCUACUCCUCACUGGUCCAGGAGCCCUACCUCUGUCUGCAGAGGGAGGACCCCCCAGCACAACCUUGGACACCACUGGAGAGACCCCAGCUGCUUCUUUCCAGGCUUGCCCCCUUCCUAGUCACUUUAACUCCCAGAGAGAAUACUAAUGCAUCUAGCAGCUAUACCAACUGGGCAUCUGGCUGUCACGUGCUCUGUCUCUCCUCCUUCCACUCCCCACUUCCUCACUUUGGUUGGCAGCCCCACAUACCGUCAAAAGCCUCCAUGCGCUUCAGGCCCCCAGCACCACUUUCGUAUCCCUACCCCUUUGUUCCUCUUCUGCAAAGCCAAUGCAGGUGGUGGGAGGGUGAGGGGUUGUGGACCAAUGGCAAUCCUCUCUGGGGUGCCAGGAAUAAGGGGCUGAGGCCAAGCUGCCUGCAUCUCAUGCUGGGGACCUGCAUGCACCAGCGCCAGGGCUUGGCUGGCUCUUGCUCAGCCCCAAGGUGCCCAGCCUUUGCCCCAACAUGCCCUCUGCAUGUGAUCAUGCCCUGGAUGGAUCCCAUCCUGGCUCGCCUCGCCCGCACUGCACUGUCCUCAGAGAGCCAUCCCUCCAGCCCCUCGGAGACAGAGCUGAGGAGAGGUGCAGGAGAAUGGGAUUGCCCUAUGACCAAAGGAGACUUGGGAAGAAGGCCUCCGUCCUUCCAUGAUUGAGGUUCCCCCACCAACCUGGUUCUCGGAUUUGCAAGUACCUCACUUUGUUAACUUAUUAACUUAUUGGUUUCAUUAAAGUUUUCAGUAGGA